UGUGUCAUCGGAUAAGAGAAUGGUGGAUUUGACACGAACGGUAGCUUCUCAUGCGUUACGUGCUUAUGUUCCUGGAAAGUUGACUCGUUCAGUAUUAAGUAUCUUGUGCAUAAUAAGUGCAGGAGUUAUUGGUGCUGUGGGAGUAGUUUGUUUUAUUUUCUGUAGCAUCAACCCAAGAAAUGUCAUCAUCAACAUCUAUCUCAUAAUAUUUGCAGUGUUGAUAAUCCUUUCUGAGUUGGGAUUUAGUUUUCUGUUGAAGCGGUUUUCGUUUCUAGACACAUUCUUUGGACGUGGAGUGUUUUAUAUUUUUGUGGGUUUGUUGGCAGUGGACACCCACUGGUUUCAAAUACUGGCUGGUGUAUUUGUUGCUGCAUACGGUUUGGUGUUGGUCUUUAUGAGUUUUUUCGUGGAUAGCAAGUUGAGCAAGUCCCCUUUUUCACGUCAAGAUAAUACUCAAUCCAACGAGAGUCAUCCUGCAACGACAGAUGAAUCGAUACCUGAUCGUAUUCAAGGCACUUCCAAUGUUUGAACCAACUUGGACGUUUGUCUCUAAGCAUCGCUAUUUGUUUGUAAAAAGUAAAACAAAAUGGUCUUGAUGUUUAUGGGUCUUUGGAUGAAAUUUGAGAAUACAUUCUUUGAAGUAAAAGGAAAGAAACACCCAAUGAAACCAAAAAUGCCAAAGUAUUUUGUAACAAAUCCAACGAUAACCAGCCUUCACGUACCACAAUGGGUCCUU